AUGAAUUCUCCUGCUGCCGCGCUCGCGCGCGUCGAUGCUGGCUCGCUCGCAGACAUUUUUGAGGACCGUCCUGGCAGGGUCGAACACCCCGUCAUGCAAUGUGUUCAGAUCAAGCCCAUUGCAACUCAACAAGGCGGACAGGAGCGCCACCGAGUCAUUUUCAGCGACACGAAGAACUACAUCCAGACGAUGCUGGCGGUGCACCAGAAUCAGCUUGUAGAGGAGAAAAUUCUGCGCAGAGGAGUUCUCGUGCAACUGAUGGGAUAUUCUGCGAACAAGGUCAAGGCGAAACGUAUCCUCAUCGUGACAGAUAUCAAAGUCCUUGAAGAGUAUGGCGAGCACGAGAAACUCGGCGACCCUAAGCCACUGGAGUUGAAAGCCGAAGAGGAGGAGAAAGCCUACCCUACAUCGAUUACGAGUAAUGGAUUCUAUGGGACCAAGCAAGAACAACCAAAACAGAGCCGCCCCAUGGGCCAUGUGAAACCCUCGUCGUCAGCCCAUGCGAACAUCUACCCCAUCGAAGCAAUAUCACCAUAUUCCAACAAAUGGACGAUCAAGGCGCGUUGCACAAACAAGUCGGACAUCAAGACAUGGCAUAAUCGCAAUGGUGAGGGCAAAUUGUUUAGUGUAAACCUCUUGGACGAGAGUGGCGAGAUCCGAGCUACUGGGUUCAACGAUCAGUGUGAUCAACUCUACGACUUGUUCCAAGAAGGCAACGUUUACUACAUUUCCAGUCCUUGCAGAGUCACUUUGGCGAAGAAGCAGUUUUCAAAUCUGGCGAAUGACUACGAGCUCCAUUUUGAGAAAGACACCACUGUGGAGAAAGCAGAGGAGCAGGACGGUGUCCCUCAGGUUCGAUACAACUUCACCACCAUCGCAGACUUGCAAUCUGUGGAAAAAGACACCACCAUCGACGUCAUUGGAGUGCUCAAGGAUAUUGGCGAGACUUCACAAAUCACUUCCAAAACCACGAGCAAGCCGUAUGAUAAGAGGGAGCUCACCCUGGUCGACAACACGGGAUACUCGGUCCGCCUCACGAUUUGGGGGAAGACCGCAGCCUCGUUUGACGUACCCCCUGAAUCGGUUGUCGCUUUCAAAGGUGUCAAAGUCUCGGACUUUGGCGGGCGCAGCUUGAGUCUGCUAAGUUCUGGCUCAGUGACCGCCAAUCCUGACAUGCCUGAGGCGCACAGAUUGAAGGGGUGGUACGAAGAUCAAGGUCGGAGUGGCAGUUUCGCGACGCAUGCCAAUAUUCAAGGCACUGUCGCAGCUGGAGCCGGUUCUCGAGGUGAUCCAUUCAAGACUAUCGCGCAAGUCAAAGAUGAGCAACUUGGCAUGUCAGACAACGCCGACUUCUUUUCCGUCAAGGCCUCAAUACAAUACAUCAAGCAAGACAAUUUCUGUUAUCCCGCAUGUUUGUCGGAAGGAUGCAAUAAAAAAGUCUUUGAAAUUGAUCCUGGCCAGUGGCGCUGCGAACGGUGCGACAAGAACCAUCCGAAACCUGAAUAUCGGUACAUCAUGUCGGUCAACAUUAGCGAUCAUACUGGACAACUCUGGGUCAGUUGCUUUGACGAAACAGGCAGAUUGGUCAUUGGCAUGACUGCGGACGAGUUGAUGGAGAUCAAGGAGGUGGACGAGAAGAGACUCGCCGAGAUAUUCUCGGAGGCAAAUUGCAAGACAUGGAAUUGGAAGUGCAAGGCGAAGCUCGAUACUUUCCAAGAACAGCAACGGGUUCGCUAUCAAGUCACCUCGGCAGCACCGCUGAACUACGUGACCGAAUCGCAGAAGCUGAUCGAACUGAUCAAGCAGUACAACAUCGAUUAG